AUGUAUGUGGUUGACGAUGCAAGUAUGCAAGGGAUAUUUUCGAUCUACCAACAAACACGGGCACAAGUGUCAGUUAUCGAGUUAUAUGUUGAGUUCGAAGAAUUAGUUGAGGUUAAUUUACCCGAACCUAAUAUCGACUGGACGGUUUAUAACACUGAAAGUGAAGAGGAAUUCGAGGGCACUUAUCAUAUUGUUGGUCCAGCUGAAGAUGUCGACGAAGAUGAUAUCAUAAUUGAGCCUGACGUUGCAGAUGUGACAAAUGUACUAACGAGCCAACAUCUAUCUAAAGAGCCUUCUUUUAUGCAUGCUUUGGAUCUAGAUACUAUGAAUGCACCAGAAUUUCCUGAGUUUGUCAAUGCAGAUCAUGUUGUUGUUAUGGAUGGUGAAUUUGUCAUUGGCAUGGAGUUUAGUUCUAGAGAAACUGUGAUUACAGCAAUUAAAGAUUAUACCAUUCGUCGGGGUGUGGAUUAUCGAGUGUGUGAAUCUGAGCCAACUACAUUUUAUGCUAAGUGUGUACAAUAUGGAACAAAUUGCGAUUGGCUUAUCAGGGCUAGUCUUAUUAAGAGAAAGUUUUGUUGGGUUAUAAGGCAGUACAAUGGUAGUCACACAUGCUCCAGGACAACAAUCUCUCAAGAUCAUGCCAAGAUAAACUCAGACAUGAUUGCAAAGGCUAUAAAGCCAUUGGUUGAAGUUGAUCCAUCUUUAAAGGUGAAAUCUGUGAUUGCCGAAGUACAGUCGAAAUUCAAUUAUACGAUAAGUUACCGCAAAGCAUGGCUGGCUAAGCAAAAGGCAAUUGCGAAUAUUUUUGGUGGUUGGGAAGCUUCUUAUGAAGCUUUACCGUCGUGGUUUGAAGCAAUGGUACAAAAAGAUCCAUCAGCUGCAGUUGAGAUCAAAACUGCACCAGCUUACCUAGGGGAUGAGGUGGUCCAGGAUAUUAGGAUGCUGACACGGGUGUUUUGGAGCUUUUACCCUUCCAUUAAAGCAUUUAGGAGCUGCAAACCAAUCGUCCAAAUAGAUGGCACACAUCUGUAUGGCAAAUACAAAGGAGCUCUCUUAGUUGCAGUUUCUCAGGAUGGCAAUGGCAAUAUUGCGCCUCUUGCAUUUGCCGUUGUUAAGGGUGAGACUUCUGAUGCAUGGCACUUCUUUCUUAUUCAUUUGCGCACACACGUGGUGACGCGGGAUGGUAUUGGGCUUAUCCCUGAUCGACACGACUCUAUUACCUCAGCAAUAGCACGUAGUAACGGAUCAUGGGAGCCUCCAAGAGCUAUCCACAUGUUUUGUGUUAGGCACAUAGCAUCCAACUUCUUAAGGAAUUUCAAGGCACCGUAUUUACAGAAGUUGAUUGUAAAUAUAGGUUAUUGUAGGACUGUGCGUGAAUUUAAUGUGCAGUAUGCAAGAUUACGUGAGCGUGGUGAGGCUUACACUCAGUUAAAUGAGUUGUUCACUAGGAAGAGGGCUGAGGCUCGAACGAAUGCGGGACAUAUAUUCUUUGAAUAUGCAAUCAACAAACUUCAAUUAAAUCAGCAGGCAGCGGAAAACAUCCAAGUUAACUUGUUUGAUAGGCAGAAUGAGGUCUUUGAGGUGCGCGAGAUGCCCAGCGGUUUAGAGUAUGCGGUGAAUCUCCGUCAACGACAUUGUGAUUGUGGUGAGUUUCAGACAUAUCGAAUUCCUUGUCGUCAUGUCUUUGCGUGUUUUGCGAACCAACCACUUGAUUGGCAACAAUAUGUUCAUGACGUAUAUAGGAUGGAGGAGAUAAAGAAGGUGUAUAGAGCAAGGUUUAAGCCAUUAGGGAACCCAACAACAUGGCCUGUGUAUCAAGGACCAAGGCAUAUACCUAAUCCACACUUAAAGCGAGUAUCCAAAGGACGUCCCAAAAUAAUUCGUUUCUUGAAUGAAAUGGAUAUGCGUGAUAUGCGUGGUCCUAGGCGUUGCGGGCUUUGUGGAGGCCAGGGUCACAGUCGAAGUAGAUGCCCUCAGCAUCCAGGGUCAAGUGCUAGUGGUGGUGCUCAUAAUUCUUAG